AUUUUCCUCUAUUUUUUUUUUUUUUUUUUUUGAAUAUCCUUAUCGAAACUUGAUUAAUCUGAAUUCGAGCCGAAUAGGGUAUUUGAGAGAAAUGUACUCUUUCCUUUUGUUUUUGACUUUUCAAUAGUGAAUUUGUUUUAGUAGGUUGAAUUAAUUUGAUAUUUUAAAAUUAAAAUUAAAUAUUCAAAACCUAUAGGGAAAAGUACUAUAAUUAUAAUUUUUUUGAUGAAAAAUUAUGGAGUAUUUAAAAUUGUUAGGUUAAAAUUCACAUUAUUUGACUGUUAUCUUGUUCACUGCCUCUCUUGGAAAAUCUCCCAAUUCCCCAUCAAUUCUCAUUUCUCCCUGCUCUUCCAUAUCUCAAACCUUUGUCAACAUCCCAAAUACUCGGAACGAAAAUGGAGUCAGAAGCACCUGCGCCCACUCUUCUUCUACUUUGUGGGAAAUCAAAUGAGGAGAAAGAUGUGGCAAGGAUAUUAAAGGAGAACAAUACUCUUCAACUGCAUAAAAAUGGUGAACAAGUUGAAGUUGUUCUGCAUUCCCAAGUUGAAACUUUGAAUGACGAGUUUCGAGUUGAAGAAUACUUUUACUCCCUUUCGACUAGGCGUUUUGGGAGACUACUGAUUUACUCCCCAAAAUUGUCCUCAACACAUGACGUUAUCUCACAAAAUAACUCUGACUUACCAGUUGGUUCAGUGUGUGUUGCUGAUGUGCAAUUGAAAGGGAGAGGUCGUACGAGUAAUGUGUGGCAAUCACCAAAGGGUUGCCUUGUGUUUUCAUUUUUAAUACAAAUGGAGGAUGGCAGAAUGGUGCCACAUUUGCAGUAUGUAGUCUGUCUUGCCAUGACAGAGGCCAUUAAGGCUAUCUGUCCGCAUCUUGAUGUUCGCAUAAAGUGGCCAAAUGAUUUGUAUUUAGGUGGGCUUAAAGUGGGAGGCAUCCUAAGCACAUCGGUAUAUAGGUCAAAGAAGUUCUAUAUUAGUGCUGGAGUUGGAUUGAAUGUGGGGAAUGAGAAGCCUACCACAUGCUUGAAUGCUGUUUUAAAGAGAGUCGAUCCUCUCUCACGUGAAUUGAAAAGAGAAGAGAUUAUUGCAGCCUUUUUCAAGAAAUUCGAGAGCUUUUAUGAUGUUUUCUUAGAACAAGGAUUUCAAGCUCUUGAAGAGUUGUAUUAUAGGACUUGGUUACACAGUAGACAGCGGGUUAUUGUUCAGGAGAGGAGCGAUGAUGAUCAGGACCAAUUCGUUGAAAAUGUAGUCACCAUUCAGGGUUUGACAUCCUCAGGGUACUUAUUAGCAAUCACAGAUGAUGGUCAAAUGUGUGAGCUACACCCAGAUGGGAACAGUUUUGACUUCUUCAAAGGGCUUAUCAAAAGAAAAAUGAGCUGAAGGAGAUUCAUGUUCUUCGCGCCUUCUAGCAAAAGGAUUUAUCCUCUUCCCUCUUCACUUUUAGUUUGUCUAUAUUCAUCGUAUUUGCGUUUUGAAAUUAGUACAGGGUGGAUGAAUGACUUAAAUGGAAUAAGAUUAUCGUGAUUAUCUUUUCAUGUAGAAGCAUAUUGAGAAUUUGAAUUUUAUGAGCUCUAGUAUUAAAAAUUCCAA